AUGUCAUAAUAACUAUUUAAGGCUUAUUUUCAAUCCAUUAGUCAUACUUUCAAGGAUCUCCCAAAAGGCAACUUCUAUUGGCGAUUCUUCAAAAGAGAUUUGGGUAGAAUUAUCAAUAUGCCAUGUCCAGUUGACAGUCCCAAUUAAGAGGCUGACAUCGUAAUUUUUAAGGAAUUAAGAGCUUAAAUUGGCAUCUCAGAAGAAAAUGUUUGUUCUAAUUGCCCUUUUAAUGCUAAGUGUGUAAAAGCGUUUUAGUAGUUUGAUACUGGUAAUAUGCAAAAUUUGCUUCUUCCCAAUCUCUCUAGAUUCUUAGAAUAAAUCAGUCUUUAUAAUUUGAAUAUUCAAAACUUGGAUGAUUCCAAAAGCUUUUGGUUAGCAAGCAAUAGAAUUCUAGAUACUUUUCAUGCUAUUCUAAUUGACUUUUAAAAAAAUUAGAACUAGAUUAAUCAGCUAUUUCUAUAGGAUUAAUAAAAUGAUUCCGAUGUCGACACUAACAAAUAUUCUAAACAAACCUAAAAAUCGGAAAAAUAUUAUAGGGCUGCUGAUUUUUUGAAUGAAAAUCAAAAUAAUGAAUAACCUUCUGAAGAACAUGAAAAAGUAAGUUCAAAAUAUGAGAAUAUUAAACCUAAGAACUCCUUUAAGGAUAAUCAAAAAUUUAACAAAAAGAAAAUUACUAUGAAGGAAAGAAAUCUAAGAGUGAAAGAUAACAUAGAGAAUAUGAUAAUAACUAAGAUCAUAUAGAUUAGGUAAGAUCAGAAAAUAAAAAGGAGAUCUCUUUUAAUAAAGAGACAUAAAAGAAAGAGAAGGCAAUCAAAAUAAAAAAUGAAAAAUAGAUUAAAAAAAAUAUGAAAUUUCGUAUUGCUUAAUGAGGUUGAUUCAAAUAUUACAUU